AUGCUAAAUGAAAAUGGGAUUUUCUUUUUCAAGUUUAAUGAUGUAGGAGGGUGUGAUCAGGCAAUUGAAGCUGGGCCAUUAAUGAUAAGCGGUAUUCCUCUAUUUCUUCAUCGUUGGGAUCCCUCUAAGGGAUUGAGGAAACCUGUACACUCCUCUUGUCCGUUGUGGGUGAAAUUGCAUAACAUUCCUCUAGUUGCUUUCAAUAGAGAGGGUGUUAGUCGUGUAGCUAGUGUUUUGGGCAUUCCUAAACAGAUGGAUUCUUGUACUGCUGCAAUGUGUGAGAAGGCUUGGGGUCGGCCCGAGGUUGUUAAAGUGUUGGUUGAGGUCUGGGCUAUUGGGGAACUAAAAAGGAAAAUUGAGGUGGAAAUUCCAAACUUAAAUGGCGGGGAUACUGAAAGAGUACAAAUAGAGGUUGCAUACUUAUGGGAGCCGAUCCAAUGUUCCCAUUGCCAAAUAUUUGGUCACAAAUUCUUGUCCUGUGCAAAAGCUGCUAGUCUCAAUAAAGGGAAACACGUCGAUAUGAGAAAAGACUCAGAAGGGUUUAUUCGAGUGGAGAAAAAACAAUGGCGUCCCAAAUGUAGAGGUAAGCAUAAUCAAUCUAGUACCCGGCAGGUAAUUGAGAUUGAGAAAUAUGGCCCUCAAGCUCCGUCCUUGGAACCGUUUACAUCACGUCGAGAACAGAAAAAGGAAAGGAAUAUGGGUACUUCUAAAGUAAACCCGGUUGUUCAACAUGGAAAUAAUGCGAGGAAUGCUUCUGGUGAUUCAGAGACGCAUGUUUCUAAAGAUUCCCUAGAAAGCAUUUGCCAUAAUUCUUUUGGUCGAUGGUAUUGGAUGUCAAACCAAGCUGUGUGUGAGUCUGGAACUCGUAUAAUCCUAGCUUGGGAUUCACGAGUUUUAGAUGUUAUGGUCUUGGAGAUCCAUAGUCAAUUCCUAAUUUGUAAGGUUUUGUUACGGGGUGGCCAAGAUUAUAUUUUCUUUUCACUGGUUUAUGGGGCUAAUGUGUGUACUGCCAGAAGAGAAUUAUGGUCAGGAUUGCUGAAAUUUAAAGUUCUGAUUGGUUCUCAUCCAUGGAUUGUAAUAGGGGAUUUCAAUUCUAUGUUAUUUCCACAUGACGGGUUUGGUGGGUCUUCUCGGCGUAAUAUGGAUAUGUCUGAGUUUUGUAUGUGUGUUGAGGAUGUAGAAAUAUUUGAUAUACACUACACAGGGGUCCAUUUCACUUGGAACCAAAAGCCAAACUCAAAAGGGGGUAUCAUGCGUAAACUUGAUAGGGCUAUAGCAAAUUCGGAGUUUACUUCUAAAUUUCAUGAUGCUUGUGUACAGAUUCAUCCUUUGGACCUUUCGGACCAUUCGCCGAUGGUCUUAUCUUUCAAAGGUGGUGCUCGAAAAAGGAGGUAUGGUUUUAAAUUUGACAAUUUUCUGACUGACCACCCAGCUUUUUUACAAGUUGUUAAGGAUGAAUGGGCUAAUCAUAUUGAGGGCACAUUUAUGUUUCAUAUAACUUCUCACUUGAAAGCUCUCAAAACAUUGCUUCGUAAACUUCGGAAUUCUUAUGGUAAUCUUGGAAAACGUGUCUCUUUUCUGAAGACGGAGUUAGAUCGUAUUCAACUGGAUGUAGAUAUGGACCCUUCUAAUGAUGAGUUGGGUCUUGAACUUGGUCAUAUUCGUAUUGCAUAUCAGAAUGCUUGUUGGGACGAGGAAUGUGCGGCUAAGCAACGGGCCAAAAUUAAAUGA